AUGGCAGACUCUCUGAACUGGAACAAAUGGGUAACCGUUUCUGCUGGUCUGGUGACCUUAGCGUCGCUUUACAGCGCUGUUAAAGCAUCCACCAAGCUGUCAACGCUAUCACCUCCAAGACAUAGCGUUGCUGAACUUAUAGGCAACACACCAAUGGUCAAGAUCGAGUCCCUCUCGAAAGCAACCGGAUGCGAAGUGUAUGCCAAAAUGGAGCUCUCUAAUCCUGGAGGCAGUGCCAAAGACAGAGUAGCGCUAGGUAUAAUACGAGCAGCCGAAAGACAAGGUCUUUUAAGACCCGGCAGUCCAGAUGUCGUGUUUGAAGGCACAUCUGGAUCCACUGGGAUAUCCAUAGCCACCAUUUGCAACGCUCUGGGCUACAAAGCUCACAUUUCGUUGCCAGAUGACACUUCUAUUGAAAAACUAUCGCUUCUAGAGAGUUUGGGUGCUCAAAUCAACAAAGUGCGACCCGCAGGAAUUGUUGAUCCAGAACAAUACGUCAACGCAGCUCAAAAAGCAUGCGACAAUCUCAAUAAUACGCAACAGACUGAGGCAAGAGGUGUUUUUGCAGAUCAAUUCGAAAACGAUGCCAACUGGCGUGUACACUUCAACGGGACAGGACCUGAAAUCUACAAACAACUGAACGGACGCAUCGAUGCAUUUAUAGCAGGCUGUGGUACGGGCGGAACCAUAGCUGGUGUCUCUAAGUAUUUGCACGGAAAACUGGGCGCCAAGCUGAAAGUCGUCCUAGCGGAUCCUCAGGGCUCAGGUUUCUAUAACCGCAUUAAAUUCGGGGUUAUGUAUGACCGUGUCGAGCAAGAGGGCACCCGUCGCAGACACCAGGUGGAUACCAUCGUAGAAGGUAUUGGUCUCAACAGACUGACUCACAACUUCAACCAAGGUGAAGCCUACAUUGACGACGCAGUGCGAGUUACAGAUGGCCAGGCCAUUCGCAUGGCAAAAUACCUCUCCGUGAAUGAUGGUCUUUUCAUUGGCAGCAGUACAGCCAUCAACGCUGUUGCAGCCGUCAAAGUUGCCGAGACUUUGAAACCGGGAUCAAGAAUAGUCCUCAUAGCAUGCGAUAGUGGCUCCAGACAUCUGAGCAAGUUUUGGAAAGAAGCUUUGAAAGUGGACGCAGGCAUUCAGUUGCAAGAGGUUUUGCAGGAGGUGUGA